UCGUAGUCUUCGAAGUCGACUAAAUAGCUAUUCCCUCAUAUGGAAGAACCUACUUGUGGCAAAAUACCCUCUUGUGAGGAGUUUACAAGUUUGUGGAUAGAUAUAUGUCCUUCUGUUAUUCCUUUGAAAUUGGAUAGUGAAGCUACACUAGGCGUCUUUCACUCUAAAAGAUCCUUUAUAGUCGCUUCUGGACAUAGCGUAAAGAGUUUUAUUCAAUGCGGAAAACAGUUUCAAGAGAUAUCUGAUAUUCAAUUUCGGUCACUUUGUACUUGCACAGCUUGGAAUAGUGCGAACAACUCUCUUUUCCUCGGGUUUCAAGAUGGCGCCAUCCUUAGUUGGAAAGGAAAGGAAGGGAAAAGUGUUCGCAAGCUGAAUAAGAAAACCCAUCGAGCUGUAUCUUGUAUUGAGACAAGCAGCCAAGUUGUUGCUAGUGGAACAGUGGAAGGAAGAAUCAACGUUUUUGAUACGACAGUUGGAAAGUGUGUCGGUAUGACUAGAGCCCAUAUAGGUUCUAUUAUAUGUUUGAGACUAGUUGAGAAUACGCGCCUUAUGGCUUCGUUUGGUCGGGAUAACUUUGGCAAGCUUUGGUCUCUGGAUCGUUUGGACUCUCCAAGGCACAUUGUUGGUGGUGAUGUUAAACUCCCUCAAACUAUUGUUCAUGUGGAUAGAGAUAGAAGUAAGCCUGAAGUAUUUUACAUCGCAAGUGACAAGGCUAUUCAUAUUUGGGAUAUUCGAGUUGGAGGAAUAACUGCAGUAUUGUCUGAACCCAUUUCCGCUCUCUCUCUGAAAUAUAAGAGACGCAUCACUUGUAUGCAAGUUUUAUCCAAUGGCUCAAUUGUAACAGGAAAUAGUGACGGUUCUUUAUUGUAUUGGCCAGAAUGUGGUCCUUGGAAUGGCAUUGAAAUAUUAUCGCCAAGCUAUCUUUCCAUUACUAGCAUAGCAAGUGAUAGCUAUAAAUUUUUACUUGGAUGGGAGGAUGGUUCAGUUAAGUUGAUCAACAAUCCGUUGGAAUUUAGUAAAGUAGACGAAGAACGGCUGUUGACAAAGUAUAUGAAUCCCAUUCAAAAACUAGACCUGAUUGAAAAGGAUCGGGUUAUUGUGAUGGAACGUUUUGGUAGAGUAUCUGCCUUAGACUUUUCGGUUGACAGUGUUCGAGGUAGAAGGAUGGAUACUUUUUGCAAGUGGUUGAAUGCCCAUCCUAUUUGUAAGCCUCAUGAUGCAAGAACUGGAGCCGUUUUAUCUGGCAAGUUUUGGAAAUAGAAACCAUCGUGUGCUUGAGGUCCGUUGGCUUUUAUGAUUCUUCAUAAACGAACAGAUGAAGAGAGCUUUUUGUCAAGUUCCUAUCUAAUAAAUGGUUUUUUGCUUUG